GCACUUUGUGUAAAUAUCUGUAUGCUGCGACUCUUGACUUUAUUCAAACAACAAAACUCGGUUAUAAAAGUUCAACAUGAACUACAAUGAAACACACAGUAUGGUAAGUUUUUAAUAUCUUAAUGUUGAACUUAAAAUUUAGCGAAUUUAAUCAAAACAUACGAGAUGCAGUCGAUUAUGUGAUAAAGUCGAUAAACUACCGCCAUGUUUCUCCUCAACCAGGGGUCCAGACUGCCAACCUUACCCCCUCUCUCCGGCAGGACUCUGUGCCACCCCUCCUUCCAGUCUCUGUACACAGCUUCAGGCUCUGAGCACCAUCACACGCAAUGCUACAACCAAACAAGUGAGUCCGUUUAAGCCACACUGUAUGUUAAGGUCCUGAUGCAGCCUGAGUGUUACCUCAUUAUUUUUCCAGGCAGUCCCAUCAUCAGUCCAGCAGAGUUGUUUUACUGUGACCCCACUAUGAGCUGUGAGAGGAGGAUCCCCAAUUUAGUGAGUGAGCUCAGGGUAAGUGGACUCCAAAAUCCCACUGGUAAUUGCAGGAUUAGUUAGUCCUAAUCAAAUAACAAUGGGGAAAAGAUAACUGAUGACAAAAGUUGGAGAGUGUUGAGUUAUCUGUGCAGAAAGUCAGUAAAACUUAAAGGGAUAUUCCAGCGUAAAAUUAAGUUAGGGUCAAAUACACUGUAACACUGAGUUAGACACCCCGUCGAGAGAUGAAUGUUGCCGACUGCUUGCUUCUCUAGUUAUACCAACUUUAGUAACGACUGCAUGAUAACAAUACAGAGAGCCACCCCUCAAAAUGGUGCUAACCCCCAUAUAGCCGCCUAUAUAGGGGUUAGGGAUCCAUUUUGGACACAGCCCAUAAAUGUUCUUGCUUGGGCUGCGGCACCCCGCUGCAGUCGAUGGACUCGCCCAGAGGUCUCUGUACAAACAAGCAGCUGCUGGAAGAGAGUAGGUGAGUUGUGUUUAGUCUCUUUGCAAAAGAAAUUAGGCAAAGUUAAAAAGAUGUUUGAUGGCUAGUACUAUGACUGGGACCCUAUAUGUACUGUUGAUGAAGUUAGGUGCUGUUCUGAGCAUUAUUUGUGGCUAUAGAGUGGCGUUUUGGUUGAGCGCGUGGCUUUCUGCGGUCGUUACUUAAGUUGGUAUAACUAGAGAAGCAAGCAGUAGGCAGCAUUCAUCUCUCGAGGGGGUGUCUAACUCAGUGUUUUGGUGUGUUUGACCCUAACUUAAUUUUACGCCGGAAUAUCCCUUUAAGUACCCCAGAAAGUGAAACUUCAGAGGAAAGGCUGAGGUAAUAUUGGCUCUCCUCUUGCAUGUGUCCUCUCUUCUCUGCGGGGGCUUGUGAGGGGUUUCAGACAGAGGAAGUAAUUUUAAUAAGAUCAGCUCAGUCCUUUCAGACAGAGGUAAGACCCUGACCAGGGGGCUGGAAGGAAAUUGAGACUCAGAGGAGGGAAGAGUUCAUUUUGUUUUUUUAGCAGUCAUGAACUUAUAUUAUAUUUGUCGUUUGGACUUUUCUUCUCAGGAACAAAGCAUCUCAAAUUCAAAAUAGAGAAAAAAAAGAGCAAUCCAAAACUGUGUAACAACAAUGACUUAAUUUCUCUAUCAGGUCCCCGAUUCCUUCCAGCUGAACUCGCCACCACCACUCAUGUCUCCUUGCAUCGCUCCACCAAUACAACCAGACCCAUUCAGAUCUGCACCGCACCCUGCUACAGAUCUUGGAGGCCUCAGCGUGAAAAUAAAUAGCCUCCACCCUCCUGUGCAGUCAAGGCUGCUUGUCCUCCAGCUCACUCAAGAGGAGGACCAGGCUGUUACUAACCUCCUGAAAUUGCGCCACCAAGUGAAAAGUGACAAGACAAUCGAGUUUCACCCUGAACCUGUGGAGUCCAACACAGCUGGAGAGGCGAGUAAGGCCAGGUCACACGGUCACGAGGGUCAAGCUUGGUCAGAAACUGAGCUGGAGGCGGCGAACACCCUCCUGAACGGGUUUUGCUCGACUGGAGAAAAUCACCCAAAUUCUGCAGAAGCAAAUCUUCAACCUGGCCUCUCUCAGGGAUCAGAGUCUUUGCCUGAUUGUACCCCAAAUGGUUAUGCGAUCCCAAAAAAUGGAGGACCAGGCUGUGGGCAGAUUCUCUCUGGUUCUGAGGGCGAUGCUGUGUUUGUUCUCUUGAGCCUCGCGGACGUGGCGGUGUAACACCAAGAGCGAAGACCAUUUCUAACCUGAGGGAUUUCUAUUCCCUGGGUGUGUUCUUACAGGCAUUUACUUCCUCUUUCUAAAAAAAAACCCUGUUAUGAGUUCUUUGCAGUGUUUGCUUUGAAAGCUUGAACCCAAAUAUACCUCAAACCUUUUACUUUUAAGGAUUGUAAUUUUAUUUAACACUUUGAAAGUACAGCUGUUCACUGUUUUUAUUCAAUAAAAGGAAUAAAAGUUGAGCCUCAGCUAAAAAGAGUCAUUUUUUUAUUAAAAGCACCACUACUGUUAUUGAAGGAAACAAUCCCCCACUUAUUAUUUACAACAUAUUUUACAGUUCCAGCAUAUCCACAUAUACUAAAAGCAGCAGGGGGCGCUAUGGUCUUAUCCAAGCCUAUGUUUACAUGCAUUGUGAAAGUUUCUGAGCUUGACGUGAGUUUUAAAUACUUGUUCUGUAGUUUGAGUUCAUUCAAAGGCACUUCCUGAUUGGAUUUGUCUUGUUUUGAGAUCAUGUUCAAACACUUUAAUUUCAGUCAAGGUGUGUUCUUUUGUUUUUUCUAUCAUUAAGACGUCAAAUCAUGGAAUCGUGUCUCUAAAGCGGCUCACAGCCAGCUGUUGAUUACUUCACAGAUGAUUAUGUCACAAGAGGCGUUCACAGGAACAGCCUCGAUCUUUUCUUCGCGGUGGACUGAUAUUUCUUGUCUUGAAGUAAUGCCCAGAAUGUUCAGUAUUUACGUUUGUACACUCUAGAGAGAAGGAAGUCUCUGCAGGUGUGAUGCUGCGAGACGCUGAUGUUCACUAAUUCACAGACUCCUCUGCAGAAGUCCUUGAAGUGUCAAGUUAAAGAUCUACCUCACACUCCCAGCUGCUUACAGUAAGUGCACACUCAGGUCCUCCAGGGGUCAAGGUAAGGAGGUGAUUGCAGAUCUUUUACGAUGUUUUUUGAUCCUUUAUCUUGGAUUUCUUAACAUUUAUUUCCUGCCAGCGUGGAAAUUACCGCGAAUUAUCUUUGUAAACAAAAAUGUAAACAUCCAGGAUUUGUCCACCCCACAGUUUGUGGUCCAUCCUAGUUGCUGGCCUUGCUGUUUGUCACCAUGCUCGCCGCCUGCAUGACUCUGUAGCGCUCUCUCAGGUUCCUACGCCGCACGUGCUCAUUGGUGAUCUCUAUGACGUGGUUGACAGGGAACCAGCCCUUCUGGCCGUCUGACAGGCGGAUUCCUUCGUAACACCCUGGGAGGGAGAGGAGGAAAUAAGAGGAGAGGGGAGGACCGGGAAGAGGGAGGGGGAACAAACAAGGGGAGAUUGGACGUUUCUGUUUUCAUGCAAGAAAAGUCGUAAGAAAAUUAAUAAACUGCUAAGGUGGAGGGUGGAGGAGGAGGCAGUUAUAAGGAUCAGGGUCAGAGUCAGGAGGGGGCGUGUUAAUUACACAGAGGCAUGUCAGGAAGUUAGACUUUUCUGAUAGGAAACCUGUCUAAAAACCUUUAAGGUUGAUCAUCUUCUCUACAGAUUUUAAUUCCAGUUUAAAGCUCAUGUGAGGAACUUGAUUUUGUUGCCCCUCUGCGGACAGAAUUGAAACUUUUAUCUCAUUGCUGGUCCUGUUUGUUUCUCACGAAUCAGUGUCAAUCUAAAGGGAUAUUCCGGCGUAAAAUUAAGUUAGGGUCAAACACACCGUAACACCGAGUUAGACACCAACUUUAGUAACAACCGCACGAUAGCAAAACACAGCGGUCUGAGGAGCUGUAAACAAACCUCAACCAAAACACCACUCUAUAGACACAAAUAAUGCUCAGAACAGCACCUAACUUCAUCAACAGUACAUAUAGGGUCACAGUCAUAGCACUAGCCACCAACCAUCUUUUUAACUUUGCCAAAUUUCUUUUGCAGAGACUAAACACAACUCACCUACUCUCUUCCAGCAGCCGCUUGUUUGUAGCGAGACCUCAGGCCAGUCCAUAACAGACUAUAGUGGGGUGACGCAGCUCAAGGAAGAACAUUUAUGAUUAUUACUUUAGCAUUUCUUUUAAGUAAUAAUCAUCAUAUUAAUCAUUUUGCAAUGCAGACGUGGUAGUUCUUCUGCCUUAGCACCUCGAUCAGUUUGCAUUUCCAUGAGGAAAUGAUCAUAAAUGUUCUUCCUUGAGCUGCGUCACCCCGCAGCAGUCUAUAAUGGACUGGCCCGAGGUCUCACUACAAACAAGUGGCUGCUGGAAGAGAGUAGGUGAGUUGUGUUUAGUCUCUUUGCCGAAGAAAUUAGGCAAAGUUAAAAAGAAACUUUGGGGUGUUUGGUGGCUAGUACUAUGGCUAGGACCCUUUAUGUACUGUUGAUGAAGUUAGGUGCUGUUCUGAGCAUUAUCUGUGGCAUUUCGUUUGAGGUUUGUUUAUGGCUCCUCAGACCGCUGUGUAUUGCUAUCUUGCGGUCGUUACUAAAGUUGGUAUAAGUAGAGAAGCAAGUGGUCGGCAACAUUCAUCUCUCGAUGGGGUGUCUAACUCUGUGUUACGGUGUGUUUGACCCUAACUUAAUUUCACGCCAGAAUAUCCCUUUAAGUCUACUUUAAGAUCAGCUAAACACUCCAACAGGAGCUUGAAAGCCUAAUGAAUAGAUAAAUAAACCAAACACCGGUCUGGUACUUCCUCCUCAUUCUUACCCUCAUUGGUUUUACGGAUGACGUUGAUGAUCUCAGUGGGCUCCAGGGUGAGCUCGUCUGCCUGCUGGGCGACGUACUGCUCCACACACUGCACCUGAGGACAGUCUGACACACAAACACACACAAAUACAACCAUGAGCAACUUUGGGUUAUGUAACACAACAGUAUGCAGCACUUCCACUUUAGGUGCGAGCUUUCUCUCACCCCAGUCCUCGUAAAUCACUUCAUCGUCGUCUCUGUUCGGGUUAGUGGGGUUUGGGAAAGCUGCCAUCCACCUGUGCAUGUCCGACCUGUCGCAGAGACAGCUCGUUAACAUACCUUUUGUCACGUCAGCACAUAUUUAGGAUUAUAUCGACGGCGGUCUGCGGCGACUUACUGAGACGGAGCUUUGAUCAGCCUCUCCAUCAUGCGUCCCUGGUGGUUCUCCAGCAGCGUGAGGUUGAAGCAGUGCUCGAGGGGGGUGCUGCUGCUCCCACCUUCGUCGACCUGCUGCACCUGCACCAGAGAGCGGUGGGCGUGGUCGAGCACCACGAAACGCUCCGGCCUGUUCAAAGAAAAAAAGAAGUAUUAAAAAAGUAAAAUAGCUUCUGUUUCGGGAAACACUUGACUGACUGGUUAUCACGACAAGAAUCAGAGACAUUAUCUGUGUAUCGUGUAUGUUUGUUUCUAUUGUCUGCAGCAAUUAUUGCAUUUUUGAAAUGACUCUGAGUGUUUAUGUAGGCCACUCAGAGACAGCUCACACCUUUAAGUGGAAACACCUAUGAUCACGUGUGUGCGGCUUAAAAACGGCGUGUACUGGAGCAUGACUCAUGAAUAUCAUUGCUAUUAAGAAGGUUAAAGUGAAACCAUGAAGUCUAAGAUGAAAAGUCAAAGAAACACCCUCAGGUUCGGUUUAGAAAACAACUUACAAAAGGACAUUUUAAGACAACGUUUCAGUGUUUGCAGGUGAAAUCAUCAGAGAGAUCCAAGGAAAUCUAACAUCAGUUUUCUUUUUCUGAGGCAUUGAGAAUCCUUUCUUUCCCCUCACCCUUUCUUGGCAGCGAUGAGGAGCAUAUCAUUGAAGAGGAAGAGGUAGAUGGGUGUGAACUUUCCUCUCAUGUUGAAGAGAGUUGCUCCUCUGGACAUUUCCUGCAGCUCUCCCUUCUUCUCCAGGAACCGCGUCUGGGAGAUGAUGGGGAUGGCCUGGAGGAGAAAAAACAAACACAGAUGUUCGUUUAUCCCUCUUUAUUUUUUCUUCUUUAAAGACUCUGAGGUCUGUGAAAUCUACCUUGAGCUUAUCAAACUCCAGGGUUUGAGAGAGGUAAAUCAGCUCCUCCAUCUGUCUCAUCUUUCCGACUUGUGUGUUACAUUCAUCAAUAAUCUGUGAAGGGAAAAAGGAAGAUUACUGUACAAACUCUGAGUCAGUCGAGAUUUUGUAACGUUGCCUGCAGCAGUCUCACUGAGAGUAUUGGGUUCACUCCCUCAACAAAAACAUUCAAAUAUCUUCCUUUUUGUGGAAACUCUGCCUCAGUCUGCCUUUGUCCUCCGUGACACCGAUGACUCACUGUCACAGAGGAGCCCAAUCAAUAGAAAAGCCUUCACCCAAACAAUGGCUGACGUCAAGUAUCCAGAGGCAUGCCAGGCACUCGAGGCUCAAAUGAUCAGGAUUUGUGGAGGUGAGGAGUGAGGCGAGUUUACCUUCGACACCGAGGCCAAAGCCUUAGAAGCCGUCUGCUCCUCGUUGGUCCCCUCUUUUGUUCUCUUCAGGAUGUUCUGAAACGGACAAACAAAAACGUUCUAUUUCGGCUGCAGGACGCAUUUUUUCCAUCUGUAAGCAAACAGGGUCAUGAGUUUGAGGUGUGCCUGUUGCAUUUGCCGAUAGGUCAAGAGGCCGUGAUGAGAGGAGACGCAGGAAUGAGGACGUUCCGCGGAGUAACACGGCGUGACGGACUCAAACUAUCAACUCUCAAUCUGUCAGUGGCUCGUGGCGGGAGAGGAUGAGAGGUCAAAGACGGCAGGCGUAAAGCAGCGUUCAGUUAUGAAACCUAGAUUCAGAAAGGUCACAAAGACUUUUCCAUUGUAAUCCUCAUAUCUAAAACUGGAGACUGUUUUUUUAUGUUUGCGCUGUUCUUUUGAAAGGAGUAGUUUUGUUUUUUAGAAGAUAAGCUUCUUCACACUCAGAUAAGUGUGACCAUUUAUUGUGCCUGCCCUGUUUAACUAAAGUGAUAGGAUUGGAUUGGGGAUUGGCUCAGUUUAGGAAUUCCUCUCCUGGUUCUGCCAAAAGUAGAAAAUCAUUGAUGGCUUUGUCUUCCUCGGCUCCACGGUUUUCUAAUUCAUUUAAAACCUAAAAUACAAGAACAAUAACAGCAAACAGCAGUCUGACACCGAGCCGGACUGGGGAUUUUC